AUGACCAAUGAUAAGGGAUCACUCCUAUUAAAUAUGGCAACCAACGGCGCCAUAAAAAAGGUGCCAACAAAAGGCGCAAUUAAGAGCCAAGAGGAUGACACAAAAAGGCGAAGCCCGAGGCUAGCUGCCUUAAAUAAACAAAAGACACAAGACCAAAAUAAGGAAACCGCGAGAGCCCUGAAAGAUAUUAUAAAUACCCAUAUAGCAGAACGAAGGACCAAUCCCAGGCUUAGAGCCAAAAUGGAAAACAAAAAAACGACGAAGGAUUUUCGUAUCUCGAGGGGCCAAAUAAGUUGGAACAUAUAAACUUCCGGUGCUUAUAUAUAACAACUGAACGUUGUUGCAAAAUACUGCAAAAUAAUCAACGGUUACGUGAGAUUACACUUCAAGGAGACAUUAUAAUUGAUUUUAUUAUAAUUGAGUUGACAAA